CCCCCCCUCUCAAUAAAUCAUCAAUCUCAGUAAUCAAUGAAUUUCAAUUAAUCAUUCAAGUUUCAAAAUUCAAAAUUUCAACUUUUAUCUUCGGCUCAAAAUUUUCAGUAAAUCCUCAAACAAAUCUCAAUCCAGCCCUCACAAAAAUAUCAAAUUACAAGACAUCCUCAUCAAAAUGCGUGAAAUUGUUUCAAUUCAAGUUGGUCAAUGCGGCAAUAAAGUUGGUGAAAGGUUUUGGGAGAUAAUCUCGGAAGAGCACAACAUCAAUCGAUGUGGACAUUUUUAUGGCAAUAGUAUACUUCCAUAUCAACGUCUCAGUGUCUAUUAUGAUUCCGGUCCAAAAGACAUUUUUGUUCCGCGUGCAGUUUUAUGUGACUUGGAAGCAGCAUCGUUAAAUCAAAUAAAAUGCAGUCAGUAUGGACGAAUCUAUAAUCCUGACUGUUUUGUCAUUGGACGAUGUGGUGCUGGAAAUAAUUGGGCGAGAGGUCAUUACACGGAAGGUGCUGAACUUAUGGAUUGUGUUUUGGAUGCGACGAGACGACAAGUAGAAUGUUGUGAUUGUCUACAAGGAUUCCAGUUGAUGCAUUCGAUCGGAGGUGGAACUGGAAGUGGAAUGGGAAGUUUACUAAUGCAUAAGCUAAAGGACGAGUAUCAAGAUCGAAUUGUCAACACAUAUUCAGUAAUUCCAUCAGCAAAGGUCUCCGAAACUGUAGUCGAACCAUACAAUGCAGUUUUGACAUUGUGCGAAAUGAUUAAUGGCUCGGAUGAAGCUAUUUGUAUUGACAAUGAAGCACUUUUCGACAUUUGUUAUCACACAUUGAAAAUUUGUAAUCCAGCACUUGGCGAUCUCAAUCAUUUAGUUGCCAUGACAAUGGCUGGUAUUACAACAUGCUUUCGAUAUCCAGGACAAUUAAACACCGACCUACGCAAGCUAAUGACAAAUAUGUGUCCAUUUCCAAAUCUUCAUUUCUUCAUACCCGGCUUUGCACCACUCGCGUCAAAAUGCAGUGAAUUAUAUCGAAAAGUAACAACUUCUGAUUUAGUCUCACAAUUAUUCGAUUGUCGGAAUCAAAUGGCUGCAUUCGAUCCAAACGAAGGUCGAUAUUUAACAUGUGCUGCCAUUUUUCGUGGUCUUGUCUCAACAAAAGAAAUCGAUCAACAAUUGUUGGCGAUACAGGAGAAGAAUAGAGACUCAUUCGCAAAGUGGGUACCGAACAAUAUAAAGACAGCAAUUUGUGACAUUCCACCGCGUGGAUUGAAAUUAUCAGCAACAUUCAUUUCAAAUACAACAGCUAUACAAUUUCUAUUUGAACGACUAUUAUGUCAAUAUCGAUCAAUGUUUCAGAAGCGUGCAUUCAUUCAUUGGUAUACGGGUGAAGGAAUGGAUGAGCAAGAGUUUAGCGCUGCUGACGAUAGUAUUGUGAGUUUAAUUGAAGAAUAUAAGGCGUGUGAAGUAGAUUGUGAUGAGGAUGAUUGUGAUAAUGAUCAGGAUGAUACGUGUGUGGAUGAGGAGAGCUCCUGUGUUAAUCAUUGAAUUUUUUUUUUAAUUUGGAAUGUUUUUUGUAAGGAACCUUAGAGCUAUGUCUAGAUCUAUAAAUAUAUUUUUUGGACAAUUUUCCAAUUUUAAGCUCAACAGAAU